GCAAAAAAAGUGGGUGUGCCUGGCUCAGAGAUUUUUUAGCAAAGUCUGGUAAAACUUAGUCUACUCGCCCCUAGCUGAAGAGUUUGGAGCAAAAUGGCAGUAAGCUUAGACAAACUGACAGAGGCUCAAAUUGCCGAAUUUGGUGAAGCUUUCUCCCUCUUUGACAAGGAGGGCCGUGGUACCAUCACUACCAACGACCUGGGCGCUGUCAUGAGGUCCCUGGGGCUAAACCCAUCAGAGGCUGAGCUCAAAGCCAUGCUCAAAGAUAUCGAUGCAGGUGGAAACGGCACUAUAGAAUUCCCAGAGUUCCUGACUUUGUUGACUAGCAAAGCAAAGGAGAGGGCCGAGCAGGCUGAGAUCGUGGCUGCUUUCCGUGUGUUUGACAGGAAUAACGAUGGCCACAUUUCUGGCGAUGAGAUUCGUCACAUUAUGGGAAACCUCGGAGAGAAGAUCACGAAAGAGGAGGUGGACGAAAUGAUGAGAGAGGCGAAAGCUGAUGGAGAUGGCAAGCUCAAGUAUGAGCAAUUUGUCACAAUGAUGAAUAGUAAAUAAACACUUGAACUCUGUAACUUUUAUUAUAGCUGUUAAUAUUAAUAUCGUCAUGCUUGCCCAAGCUCAUGUGGACCAUUAAUAAUGUAUGUGUUUUUCAAGGCCCACCCACUAUAAAAAUCAUCGUGAAUAAUACACAA